AUGACUCUGGGGACAUUAGGCUCCAUCGUCCACGGCUUUGCCCAACCUGUUGGCUAUAUGCUGCUAGGCAAAGCCCUUGACGCAUUUGGAAACAACAUAAAUGACACUGCUGCGAUGGUCAAUGCCCUAAAAAAGGUCAUUCCAUUUGUCUGGUAUAUGGCAUUUGCCACCUUCCCUCCUGGAAUACUAGGUAACUUCCUUACAGUCACUGAUAUUUCUACUAGCAAGGCUCAGAACAGCUCUUUGUCAAGCUCACACACAUGCACAAACACAACUGAUAACAGCAGGCUAUUAAACAAAAAAAACAUAAAAGAGCAAGGAAAAGAGAUAGGAUGCUGGAUGUACGCUAGUCAAAGACAAGUAGCACGUUUAGGACUGGAAUUUCUGAGUGCUGUUCUCAAACAGGAGAUUGGGGCGUUUGAUACGGAUUUAACUAGUGGGAAAAUAAUCAUUGGAAUAAGCAGCCACCUGUCACUCAUACAGGAUACGAUUGGGGAGAAGACUAUUCAUACUGCAUUUCUGCUCCUCCGUGACAGACAAUCUCUCAAAUCAAAACCGUUUUUGCUUUUGUUGGAGAGACUAUCAAUCAAGUCAUUCUUAGACUGCAUUGAAAGACAGACGAAUCUAAGCAAGAAAGAAGCAUUUAUAAAGGGUCUUGGAACAGGCAUGUUCCAGACUGUAACUUUCAGUUCAUGGGCUCUUAUUGUGUGGGUGGGAGCUGUUGUUGUCUCAGCCAGGAGAUCAAGUGGCGGAGAUGUCAUAGCAGCAGUUAUGAGCAUUCUCUUCGGUGCAAUAUCACUUACAUAUGCCACACCAGAUAUGCAAAUCUUCAAUCAAGCAAAAGCUGCAGGAAAGGAAAUCUUCCAGAUGAUCGAAAGGAAACCAACAAUCAAUGCUGACUCGAGAGGGAAGACACUGGAUGUGAUUAAUGGCAAUUUUAGUGUAAAAGAUAUACACUUUGCUUACCCAUCACGGCCCGAAAAGAUGGUUCUUCAAGGGUUUUCAUUGUCAAUUCCAGCAGGAAAAGUAGUGGCACUUGUGGGAAGUAGCGGUUGUGGAAACCCCUCAGGUGACAUUCUCCUUGACAACCAUAACAUCAAGGAUCUUGAUUUAAAGUUUCUCAGGAGAAAUAUAGGAUUAGUUUCCCAGGAGCCACCACUAUUCGCUGGCAGCAUUAAGGACGACAUCAAGAUAGGAAAAAGGGAUGCAGAUGAUCAGGAAAUUGAAAGAGCAUCAGCCUUGGCAAAUGCGCAUUCUUUUAUACAACAGCUCCCGGAUCAAUAUCUAACAGAGGUAGGGCAAAGGGGUCUUCAGUUAUCAGGUGGACAGAAACAGAGAAUUGCAAUAGCAAGAGCAAUAUUAAAGAACCCUCCAAUUCUUUUGCUUGAUGAGGCCACCAGCGCUCUUGAUACAGAAUCAGAGAAACAAGUUCAAGAAGCACUUGACACAGCAAUGCAAGGAAGAACAGUCAUCUUAAUCGCGCACAGAAUGUCAACUAUCAUUGGUGCAGAUAUAAUAGCUGUUGUUCGGAAUGGAAUAGUUACAGAGACAGGAACCCAUCAGAACCUAUUAGAUACCACUGAGUUCUACAGUGCCUUGGUUAACAUGCAGAACAUCAGCCAAGAUUGUCAAACCAGGUCAGAUGCAACUCAACGGCAUACUUCCCAUUAUAAGAUACAAAUUAAAAUAACGACCGAUGAGAAAACUGAAUUAAUCCAACAAGACGAUGCGCCUCAGGACCAUCAGCAGCCUCAUGAAGAGCUUAAGCAACCUCAUGAGAAGAAGCAGAAACGAAAAAAAGAAACGCAUGUAUUCUUCAAAAUCUGGUUUGGCUUGAAUAAGAGCGAGCUCAUAAAGACUGCUAUUGGCUCUUUUGCAGCAGCUUUUGCAGGAAUCUCUAAACCAGUUUUUGGAUUCUACAUCAUUACCAUAGGAGUGGCAUAUUAUAAUCCUGAUUCAAAGGAUAAAGUAGCUCGGUAUUCAGCAUUCUUUACCUCAAUAGGACUGCUUUCUUUGUUUGCCCACACUCUACAACAUUACUUAUUUGGAGUAGCUGGAGAGAAGGCCAUGACGAACCUCAGGCGAGCUUUGUACACUGCCAUACUACGAAACGAACUAGCUUGGUUUGAAAAGCCUGAAAACAGUAUUGGAUCACUUACCUCCAGGAUAGUCAAUGAAACAUCCACAGUCAAGACCAUAAUAGCUGAUCGCAUGUCUGUCAUUGUCCAGUGCGUCUCCUCCAUAGUGAUCGCAACAACUGUGAGCAUGAUAGUUAACUGGAGAAUGGGUCUGGUAGCCUGGGCUGUGAUGCCAUGUCAUUUCAUAGGUGGGCUGGUUCAAGCAAAGUCAGCUAAAGGUUUCUCUAGCGAUAGCAGUGUAGCACAUUCAGAACUUGUUUCCCUAGCUUCCGAAUCUGCCAUGAAUAUAAAGACUGUUGCAGCUUUCUGCCACGAAAUACAGAUACUUGAGAAGGCCAAACUGUGUUUAAAGAGACCAUUGAGGAAAGGGAGGACAGAAAGCAUCAAGUAUGGAAUCAUACAAGGCAUCUCUUUCUGCUUAUGGAACAUUGCUCAUGCAGUGGCCUUAUGGUACACAACAGUUCUGGUUGACAAGAACCAAGCCAGCUUUGAAGAUGGCAUAAGUUCAUACCAGAUAUUUUCCCUAACAGUACCCUCAAUCACAGAACUAUGGACACUGAUACCCACUGUUUUAUCAGCCAUCGGUGUUCUAAAACCUGUGUUCCAGAGCCUUGAUCGGUGCACAGAAAUUGUACCAGACAUGCCAGACAAUGCAUCAUCUGAAAGCAUCAAAGGGGAAAUUCAGUUCCAGAAUGUCCAAUUUCAUUAUACAUCAAGGCCAGAAGUGAUGGUGCUAAACAAUUUCAGCCUGCAGAUUGAAGCUGGAUUGAAGAUGGCAAUUGUGGGGCCUAGUGGAGCAGGAAAAUCUUCAAUCUUGGCGCUGUUACUGAGAUUCUAUGAUGUGAUUGAGGGAAAGGUUCUGAUUGAUAGUAUUAAGCCUAUAAGAUAUUAUAAUCUUAGGAAGUUAAGGGCACAGAUUGGACUGGUGCAACAGGAGCCACUUCUGUUUAGCUGCACAAUUAGGGACAAUAUCCGCUACGGAAGUGAAAAAGCAUCUGAAGCUGAGAUAAUGGAAGUGUCAAGAGAAGCAAACAUACAUGAGUUUAUAAGUAACUUAGCCAAUGGAUAUGAUACUGUUCUGGGGGAAAAGGGCUCUCAACUUUCUGGAGGACAAAAGCAACGGAUAGCCAUAGCAAGGGCCUUGCUAAAAAAACCAGCAAUAAUGCUGUUGGAUGAAGCAACAAGUGCCUUAGAUGCCGAGUCCGAAAGAGCCGUUGUAAGUGCAUUGGAAUCAAUGAAGCUGAACAACUAUGGAGGCACAAAAGUGACUCAGAUAACAGUAGCACACAAGCUUUCCACAGUAAUAAAUUCAGAUACUACAGUUGUUAUGGACAAAGGUAAGCUUGUGGAGAAGGGUAGCCACUCAACCCUAAUGGCGGAGCCUGACAGUGUGUAUUCAAGUCUUGUUAGGCUCCAAAGUGUGGAAUAA